AUGGAAGAGCAAAAUCAAAAUCAUCAAGAAUCGAGUGCCGUUCCACAAGAUAAUGUAGAACCACCCGCUGAACAAGCACCUGUUCAAAAAGCAGAAAUUAUACCAGAACAGCCUCCAAAGCAAAAGGUGAAACGCCCGAUGACGGACAAGCAACGGGCUGCAUUGGAGAAGGCGCAGAAAGCGAGGGCUGAACAAUUGCGCCUAAUGCAAGCAAAACGCGAGAAGGAACGGAAGGAGCAGGAUAAACAAAGGAGGAUCGAUGAGGCCAAACGCAUCCUUGAAGAGGAGAAGGAACAGAAGCGGUUGGCGAGGGAAGAACGACGAAACACAAAGCGAGGAAAGAAGGCAACACCAACUAGGAGCAAGAGAUCCAAACCAGCAGCAAAGGCGCAGCCAGCAGCAAUACGUCCAUCUAAAAAAAAGAGCGUAAUUUUGAAAUUUGGUGAUGAUGAACCAUUCUUUGACUCUAGAUCACCGUUCUUUGAGGAGGACAAUGUUGAGGAGGACAACUAUGGUGGUAUUUUUGGCUGA